UCGAUACCAGGACUCAAUCGACCAUCUCUAGUUCCAACGAUCUGGUCACAACAAAGCUCAAUUAUUAAAUAAUAUUGUUGGUAUCAGCCUAAACCAAAACAAGGAACAGCUGAUUUGUACAAUGCCCAUGCAUCUAUAGACGUUAAAGUCGUAAUCGAUAGCUCACCCAGUGUGCAGAAAUCACGCGACCAUUCCUAAUUAGAACUGACUUAUUUUAAAACAAAGCAAACGAAAUUUAAAGCUUUUUCAAUUUAUAUGUUCCAUUGGUGACUCUGGUUGCAAUGAGCUGCUUUGGAUGCGGUCGCAAAUAUGGCCUAUUCUGCAAGGAGUAUGGAUGCCCCAACUGCGGCUACUCAUUCUGCUCCAAGUGCUUGAAGAGACCAAUGCCCGUGCCCCGUCACGCAGGAAAAGUGCUCAAUGUGUGCCUCAUAUGCUACGACAAGCUAUCCAAACUCCAGGCGAGCGCCGAUGCCGAGAAAGUUAUAGACUGUGAGGCUUUGCCGGGGGUCUUAGUCACCAAAAUUAACCUGCCUCCUCCCUCCAAAAGUUCAGAGGGCGCCGAUGCCCUAUUCAACGACAGCCUGCCUGUGGAGGAGCUGCCACAGGCAUUGGUUCCCAGUUCCAGUUCGUCACCGCAUUCCAAAGUGGAUCACAAGGAUCAUAUUGAUGAGAACCUGGACAGUGAGUUGACCAAACGAAUGCAGGACUAUAAACGAGUUGAUGCCACCGAUGACGAGAUCCGCGCCCGUCUGGCCAAUCUCACUGGGAUGCCGCAUACGAAAAGCUACGAUAAGAAAGAUCUGCUACUGUCCACCGACCAAAGAAACGAUCAGGAGAAGAUGAGGGACUUGCUCGAACAAUUCGUGGACGAAGCCCAACUGGAUCAAAAUAUCAGCAGGCAGAGGGAUGACUCAAUUUCCGACAUUGAGAGACGUUUGCGAGCUCUGCGCGACACACCCGUCGAUUCCGAUGCAGGCCCAUCGAGAUCCCAGAUCUCGAUGCAGGACACUGUCGCUGACAACGAAGAGGAUGACGAGACACUUCUACAGAACAUAUUGAAAAAGUAUGUCGCAGAAUCGCGCUUACCAGAAACCUCCGAGAGUGAACUUAGUCCAAUUAAUACUACUGAGUCGCCCGGCAACACCGAAGAAUUGCCCUGGUGUAAUAUUUGUAACGAAGACGCCGACUUCCGAUGCCACGGAUGCGGUGGGGAACUCUUUUGCACUCAGUGCUAUAAGGAGUGCCACGAUGAUGACGAGGAGUACCGCGCUCACGUUAGAGAAAAGUAUUCUGCUCCGCCAAAGCUUAAAGAAAAUCACUUCUAAUUGUUAAUUGUUUACUUGACUGUACGCAAAUUUUUGUUUAAUUAUAGAUUGUUUUCAGCAAAUGCA